CCAACUGAGUACGCAUGCCCAAUACGGGCUGCCAAGUUGUCUACGGAAGUUUAGUCUUGAAGGAUUAGGGAAUAAGUACUUUUAGUUUUACUUGUUUUAAGCCGAAAUUUUAGAAAAAUAUACGUCGAUGAAUAAAGGGGAGUUAGCCUCUAAACUGAAGAAAGGCAAGAUGUUCAAUAAAUUUGCAGCAGCCUUACACAGUGCAGUAGAAGCGCUUGCUCCUUCCCAGUCCCUUCAAGAAGAUUUUGUGUAUCACUGGAAAGCUGUGACACAUUAUUUCAUUAACAAUAAAGAUGACAAGAAACCUGUACAAGAGAGCAACAUCCCGUCCCAUCUUAAUCAGAUGUUGGAAAUCCUAGUGAACGAAGAGGCUGAGAUGGAGGACAACCUCUCAGGGCCAUGUAUGGAGUAUUUAUUACAACACAAAACACUGGAGACAUUGCACUCAUUGGGAAAAGCAGAUUGUCCUCCCGGCAUGAAGGGUGUUGUUCUAACUUUCUUCACUAAGCUUUUACGAAAGAUUAAACAGCCUCUACUACCCCAUGUCAACGUCUACAAACCAAUAGGUCGGUUAGUCAAAGUAUGCGGUGAAAUUCGUGCAGGCCCGACAGAAAUUGAGGAGAUCCAGUUUCUAUGUAUAGUGUGUGCUAAAAUUAGGCAAGAUCCGUAUCUAGUGAAUUUUUUUAUUGAGGGUGAUGUUCAAGGUCAAGGCCAGAAGUCAACUGGUUCAGUGAGAAGGUCGCCCUCACAAGUUCCAAUGGAAUUCAGUUUAUUAGACUCCCUGCUAGCACUUGUCCAAAGCCCAGAUAGUAAGAUAGCUGUGAAAGCAUGUGAAGGGUUAUUAUUAAUUGCGAGUCUACCCGAGAAGCAUGCUGCUCAGUGUAUUUCUGAGCAUCCUAUGUUCUGCACAUCAUUGGCAGAAAGGCUGUGCAGCCUGUACACAGCUCUACCUCUUUCCAUGGACCCAGUGGAUGUAGAAAGCGUGGAAGCUAAAUGGGGUUUGGAAUUAUGUAACGAUAGUGAAGAUACAGCAAUGUUCCAUGGAAAACGACAGCUCAUUUCUCUACUCUCCUGGUACGAUUAUUGUGAUCAGAUAGUCAAUGAAUCGCAUCCGAUGAUUAGCCGGGCAAUUGCACGUAAAAUAUUAGAAUGGUUCUUUAUUCCAAUCUUAGAACCAUUACUUCUACAAUCGUCAGAAGCCGGUAUUGUUACAAGCACUGCUCAUCUUACCAAGCUAGUAAAGAUGACAACAUCACCAGAACUGUUGUCUGAGUUUGUGUACUUCAUAUUAGGCAACGGGUCAGGGGAGGAAAAACCCGGAGAUAAUUCACAUAAGCUACGACAUAGGUUAAUAGAAAGAUGUGAUCAUCUUAGUGAUGAGAUCAGUAUAAUGUCUUUAAGGUUAUUUGAGGUUCUACUACAGAAACCGCAUCAGCAUAUAUUUCAGAAUCUAGUCCUACGCAACUUGAAAACAAGAGCAUACCACGAUAGACCACUUCCAUCACCCUCCUUAAACCAAGGAUCCCCAGGUGACAGUGGCAUUGAGACUGAAGCUAUCAGUAAUGGACCAUUUAUAACACACGAGGGCAGUGUGCCCGGUAGUCCUCUCAGUGUUCCAGGUAGUCCGGCUAGGUCAUUAAACGAUUCUGAUGUUUCGCCGCAUUCAGAACCAGCGGAUGAUGUGCAGGGUAUUCAUAGGGUUGUAAACUGUUUUCUAAGUCUCUUACCAGAUGUUGCUAAAUCGUCAUAUAUUACUGGUGACGUAGGCUAUGAUAUGUAUCUUAGAGAUGCACAUAAACAUUAUAAAAAUUGUUUAGUACAGUGUUUAGCAUGGGAUUGGCCUAGCCACCCACUACCAUUGGAAAGGUGUACUAACAGCGGUGCAUUCUAUGAGGGCUAUUUUAUGAAAGUGCUAUUAGAUAAAGUAUCCAGGAUGUUAGAUCAGCCAUAUGAAGUAAAUCUACAGAUGACACUUGUAAUUUCUAAGAUUGCGCACCUGCCUCAUCCGCAUAUUCAUGAGUUAUUUUUAGAUCCCUAUUUACCUGUUGCACCUGGAUGCAGGACAUUAUUUACAGUCUUGAACAGGGUGGUGAUGGACCUUAAGGCUAGAAUGAGGGCGCUACCAGAUUUUCAAAGCCAAAUGAUCGUGGUACGUAAGCAGCUAAUGGGAAUGGUGGAAGAAGAGCAAAGACACAAGAUUGAAGAUAAUCCCAUCAUGAAUUUGCCUCACAUAGACCUAUUGGAAGCCGUAAUCGUCCUAGAAGAAUUCUGUAAGGAACUGGCUGCAAUCGCGUUUGUCAAACACCACACGUCUAGCUGCAGAUGAUGACGGACCAAUUUCACAUAACAGAAAGUGGUAUCAAGACAAGAAGGCGGAGAACAGGAACACAAAAGUGUGCUUUUAAAACUCCUGGCUCCAAAAUGGUUGUUAGUGGUUUAAAGCAUAAAUGCUUUGUUUAUCAUUGUACAUUGUGGGUGAAAAAGUGAAAGUAUUACCCAUGUAAAAUGUACUGUUCAUAGAGGUAUCUUUCUCUGUUAACUUACUUUUAAUUUAAUUUUAUUAAUUUUUAUCAUCAAUGUGACUUAAAGUGGGUAACUUUAAUAUGGCUACUUUGCUAGCUUUCAUGAUGGUAGGGCCAGCCCGGGUCAGCAUGGCUAUUAGCAAUGCCUACAAACCCAGUGGUAUCAGAGAGUGUGGUAAUCAUUGGUCGUAUUCGACUGGUUCGUUUCGUUGAUAACGAUUUUUCGUUGAGUAUUAUUUCCAUUUGGCUGGUUUGUAAAAUAGACUUUGUUGACAAUGGAAAUUAAUGUAAACCAGAGUGCGUUAAUCAACGUUAAUUUGUAAUAAGUUAUCCGCAUGACCAAGAAAUAUGACCGAUUGGUCAGUUUUGCAACAGCAUUUGCGUUAAUAUAAUUUAGAUUAAAUUUUAGAAAAUAAUAAUUAUAAUAUUUACCCACAUGAAGACAAAAAAUAUUUUAAAAACUGCAUGACAAAUUUUUUUACGAAAAACCUAUACUGCCACAAGCCGAAGGAACUUUAAUUACGCAGCGUGUGUCGUGGUAACUAUGCAGCCAUUUUGUUUGUCGAGUACUGUAUAUACCAGUUUUCUAUUCGUCUGGUCGUCUUCUUUAAGUAGGAUUUGACCACUGCGCUGGUGGGCGGGUUCAACGAUGAACGACCAGUCGAAUAUAGCCAUUGAUAGGGAGAAAUGCCGUCUGAUGUGCUAAGUAUUAAACAGUAACACAUAUGACCAUGUAUGAUCAGUAUACAGGGUGAAGGAUGAUUUCCAGGCUAGGCCUACUGAAUGAUUAUUCUCCUGCGAGGCUUUCAGAUUAGGAUGCCCUUUGCUAGGCAUACAGUUACAAUUAGCCAGGUCUAAAUUUAGCUAUUGAUAGCAAUGCAUGCCUGCUUCAUCAGGUGGAAUUUAACUGACAACACUGGUAUUAAUUAUUGGAAUAGAAUGGUGAAAUUAUGUCUCAUCUAAUAUUAUUUAAACAGUGUUGGUAAUCAAUUAUUUUCUCUCAUGAUUUUAAUUAACACUGCUAUUUCCAGUGAGUUUUUAUUGGUAGAUGUUUUCUGACUUGAAAACUGACCUAAAAUAUGUUGGUUUGAUCCUUUUGAUAACCUUACCAUAUGGUAAAUAUUCAUGUGCUUAUGCUAUUGGAAUUAGUAGGUUAUUCACACCUUAUUUCCAGAAAAAUAUGUAAAGAACUUUUAAAACAAAUAUUUUGACUGAUUGGAGAAUAUGUGCCUUAGUUAACCUUAAAGCAGACUGUGCUCUGAAAAAAGUGUGUUGAUUUUUUGUAAACGAAAGAAAACUGGUGUCUACAAACAUUUUUUUGUUGGUGUGUUAAUCGUGGUGCACACUGCAUCGACAGCUGACAGUAUUCUAUGAGAACAUGAACACUUUACACGGUGAACGAUAGACUACCGCGAAUGGGCAAGCACUUACACAGAGUGUGGCCAACGUUCGCAGCCGAUAACAAUGUGGUGGCACUUUAACAGUUAGUGAUACUGUAUAGACAACUCCAGUGCUGAAUUGUUGCUUCAAGUUUUUUGGAACAUAAUUUCUUGUCAGUGCUUAUGUUCAUUUUAUGAUACUAAAGUUUUUAAAAGUUCAAUGAAAAAUGUUUUAAUUAUAGGAGGGUAUUUUUAAAAUUUAUUAGUAUGGAAAAUUAAUUUGAUUUACAGAUUAAUUUGAAAACAAUAUUCAGACAUGGUUCUUUUCAAGUAAAAUGUGCUUUUGUAUCAGCUUUAAAUAAUUCCAUUAUUGUUAAUAUUAAUAAAAUUUAAAAAAUAAAAAUAAGAAAAUAAAAAAAAUAUUUGCGGAAGACUACUACACAGACCUUGAUAUUAUUGCCAUUUUUUUUUUAACUUUUGUAUUAUUAUUUUAUUUUAAUUAUCUGAUUCUAUAUAAAUAUGUAUAUGCAUGAAGGAAAGUUCUUUUCUCAAGGGUAUGUGUAAAAUACAUCAACUUAUUCAGUAGUUGAUGUUAAUACAUUUAAAUGUAAACAUUAUUUUUUUUUUAACAUCUUGUAUAUCAAAAACUGAUUGUUUUUUAAUCCAUCCACAGCCUGUUCUGGUAAUUUCCUAGUUGUAUGAUUACUUUUGUUUAAUACCUAGGUAAAUAUGGUAAAAUUCAAUCUUAAUAAUAAAAUUCCUUUUUUUUCUAAACCAAAACUAAUUUCUAGACCUAGCCUGUUCAUAUUCUAGACCAUUGAUAUUUUCAACUCUAUCCACCAAUUUUCUAUUUGUUACUUUCUCAAUUAAUAAUGUCCUGUAAUCUAAUUAUAUUUAAAUUGUCUUUGUUGUUUUCUUCUGUUGUAACUAAUAUUUUAAUUGCAUUCGUAAUAUAACUAUAAUUUUAACCAAAAUAAAGAGGUAAUGUAUGUAAAAAAUAGAAGUGGAAUAUAAUAUUUCAUAUUAAUAUUGGUUCUGAUCUGCUGUCUAAAAGAAUUUUAUUAUACAAAAUAAUUAGUAAUCAUUGUUAAAUAGGCCUAUAUUAAGUUUUAUUUAAUUAAUUAUGUAUGAUUCAAUAUUGUUAGUGAGAAAAACCAAAAAGUUUUAUUGUACUUUUAAGUUGUGAUUUACAUAAAAGACUAUUAUACAAAAUUAUUAAUAAUCAUUCUUAAAUAUGUUAAUAAUUAAAGACAAUUUUAUUUAAUUUUGUAGGAUUCAAUAUUGCUUUUGAGAAAAACCAAAAAAUAUAUUCUGUUUUUGAGUCAUGAUUUACAUAAAUAGAUUUAAAAACAUCAUUAAAGGGAAGCAACUAUAAUUGGCCAUUAUUGCGAAUUUAAAAAAAAAAAACCUAUAUUCUUAGAAUUAUAUUUUUUGAUUUUGAAUCAUUCUUUACACCGCAAUAAAUUCUGUCAUAUUAUCACAGAUAAAAAACGAGUAACUUUUAAAGGGGCCCCAUCUUUUCAAAAAAUCGUGGAUAGAUUGUUUUUGUAGGGUUUGUUGGUGUCUUUUUUAUUAGGGAGCUUUCGAUUGCACGACGACGGUUGGGCGUAGAACGUAAUGACGUCACUAAAAGUCAUCUGCGCAUGCGAGAACGUUAAGGUCGCCUCGUCGAGUAGAUUCUGGAACGCAAUUUGGCCAAAUCUACGUAUGCAGAGAACGUAGGACGCCAGGUAUGACGGUCACGCAUGAGUGAUUCCGUUCUAGCAUCACGUCGUCGCACAAAUUGGAAAGCUCCCUAUUAAAGAUGAGAUACAAAGUAACAAUCUUCAAUAAAAAUCCAUGAGUUUCCAUUCAGGCAAUGCCGCUGGUUAUUUUCAUUGUUUCUUAAAAUUGCUGCCUGCACUUUUUAGACUUGGACUACCUACAUUACUUCAUGAAUAAUUAUGUAUUUUAAGUAUCAAAAAACAUCAUUUCCUCCGUGAAUUCAUUAAUUUUAAAUUAUUGUUUGAAUACAUAAAACUUCAUACCUAAUUUUUUUCAUACUGUCGAAUUUACUUUAAAUAUUUAUUAGUAAGUCUGAGCAUUAAGUUAAUCUAAACCAUCGGUCGUCAAGGUACAAAAUGUGACGUCAUUUAGACGUUUUACUGACGUCAUAAAUGACGAAUACUCGAAUUUAAUCUGAUUUUAAUUUUAUCAUAAUUUAUGUUCAAAACUAAUAUUAAACAUUUUGAAUGUUUUUUUAAUCUUUUGUGCUAUUUAUGUUUCUUGAAUAAUAGUUGAUGUUUUAACAAUAAUCCAAUUUUUCACUUAAUCCACCAUCUUGCACAUAAUAUUAUUUUGUCUUCCUGUAUUUUCUAUCUAUUUUACUAUUUUUGUUUUAAUGUUACUUUAUUUAUUGUGUAAGCAAGCGGUAUUACAUUGAUAAUAAUGUUGGUAUUUUAAAAGUAUUGUAUGUUUGUAUAUAACAUAUAAUUAUGUAAUAUGGUGGGUUUGUGGCGUCUAAAAGUGUAUAUAAAAUAAUCUAUUAGGCCUAUUAGCACAGUACUAUGGCUAUGGUAUACAGUAUUGUGGGUACAGACACUGCUUGCCUUGAAAAAGCCGAUUCGGCGCCAUCUAAGCUUUCCCUCGUAAGUCGUAAACGGGUUUUUACAAUGUUGCAACAAUUGUUUGACUUGUAUUUGAUAAAAGAAGAAACAACACGUCGGACUCAGAAGUUGAAAAGUCUAAUGAAUAUAUGUCAAUGUCACUUGAAAGUGAUAUUCUGUCAAUGUCACUUGAAAGUGAAAUUCUUUUUCACCGUCCUUGGCUUUUGCGUGCGAGUAGGCCUAAUAUUUUUAUUUCCCGAUUACUAAGAAUGCCUUGGAUUGCGCCGAACCGAAUCGGCUGUAGUGUCGCAUGAACCAAAUACCACAUUUCAUAACGUGCACGUAGAAUGUAAAUUAGUAAUAUUUACAUGAAAAAAAUAAAGCACUCACUGAUCGAUAGCAAAGUAUGUUAAAAGGCUAUAUAUUAUUAAUAUGUCGCUUUGCGGUGUAUAAGUUAUUAAUUUGAUAUUAAUAUAUUCAUCUCUUAAAGA